AUGCAGAAUGAACCAAUGUUUCAGGUUCAGGUUGACGAAUCUGAAGAUAGUGAAUGGAACGACAUCUUAAGAGCGAAGGGUGUAAUACCAGAACGUGCUCCUUCGCCAACAGGACAACUGGAAGAAGCAUUAGAAGAAGCACUCGCAAAGCAGCAUGAAAAUAGAUUAGAGGACAAGGGCUUAUCAGAUUUAGAAGAAUUAGAAGACGAUGAGGAUGAUGAUUUUUUAGAAGCUUAUAAGAUGAAAAGACUAAAUGAAAUUCGAAAAUUACAAGAACGGUCCAAAUUUGGCGACGUUUACUUCAUUAAUAAACCUGAAUACAACAAAGAAGUCACAUUGGCCAGCCAAGGGAAAACACAUGAAAGUUCACCAACUGAUGAAAAUGGCAAGAAGGAUGAGGGCGGUGUCUACGUGUUCGUUCAUCUCUCACUCCAAAGUAAAUUGCAAAGUAGAAUUCUUUCGCACCUCUUCCAAUCUGCAGCAUCUAAAUUUAAAGAAAUAAAGUUCGUAGAGAUACCUGCCAACAGGGCAAUUGAAAACUACCCAGAAUCCAAUUGUCCUACUUUAAUUGUGUAUUACCAGGGUGAAGUGAUCAAAAACAUGAUAACAUUAUUAGAACUGGGCGGUAAUAAUUCUAAAAUGAAAGAUUUUGAGAGUUUCAUGGUUAAAGUUGGUGCUGUGACAGAAAGAGACAGCAGACUGAUCAUGAAUCAAGAUGACGCAGAAUCAAGGGAAGAGAGGCAGUUGCAUUUCGCUAAAAAAAAUUCAAUUAGGUCAGGAAUCGGAGGCAAGUUUGAUGUUGGUAUAGGUAAUGAUGAUGAUAACAUUAACGAUGAUGACGAUGGUUUUUUCGACUAA